CUGGCCUCCUCCCUCUCUCUUUGUGUCUCCCUCACAUCAACUGGGAAAUGUGAGAAGAGGCAAAAACAUCGACACACAAGACAACAGCAGCAGUUGAAGAAUUUCUAUACAGACACAAAUACCCUUAUAAAAGUUUAGAAAUUUCAAUCAUUUUAGCAACCUCACUCCACAAAAACCUCACUUUCAGAUUGACUUCCUUUAUAGUACAUGCAGAAGAAGAAAGCCCCAUUUAUCUAGGGUUUGGAAAAAAUAUUAAGAAAACCACCUUUUCUGCUGAUGAGGGUUUUGUAAAUGGGUUGAUUGUUGGUUUCAAUUUGGAUCCAGUUAUUUGAUUUUAGAUCUUUGUGGCCACUUUCUCUUUAGACUUUGUUAGAUUUCAUUGGAUGUCUUUCUUGGGCCAAUCUUAAACCGAAUACCAACACUCUGUGCCGUGUUUGGAAAUCACACGAAUGAAAACCUUAGAUUCGGUAUUUGAUCUUUGUUGUUGAUCGAGACUAGAAGCCUUAAAAUCAUCACUUUUAGGUGUGAUUUUGAGUUUGAAAUUUGAAGUUCUUGACCCCAGAGAUUCUCGAUUUCUUGGUGAUCCUGAUCAGUUCGUCAUGCCCCACACAAAGCUACAUGUGAAGCAGUACCGUUGUAUACACUCAUCGAGUUGUCCAUGUACAAAAGGUCAUCUAAGUGAAGAUGUGAUUUUGCUCGCAUUUCAACAAUUAAAUUGGAACCCUAGGAUGAUUGCCACCUUGUCUUGUGUCUGCAAAUGGUUUGAUGAUUUUGCUAAAAGAGUUCUAUGGAAAGAAUUCUGCCAUACUAGAGCCCCAAAGAUGUUGGAAGAUUUGGCAUCUAGUGGGAGUCACAGCGUGGAUGGAAGCUGGAAGGCACUUGGGAAACUUCUCCUGUACUGUUCUGGGUGCACCAAGGGAGGCCUUUUCAAUAAUGUACAAGUCCCAGGGCACUUUGUGUACAGGACUCGCUUUUCCAGGACAUCAGGAAAGAGCUUUCUUUUACCCCAGUGCCGAUCAGAUGUGUUGUACGUGUCAGACCCAUGUGAGCAUCUCGAUCAGGGAGACGAGGGUGAUCUUGGGUUCUUUCGAGGAAUUUUUAAAUCAUUUUCAGUGUCUAAAGUUAGAAAGAUGCUGAUUGAUAGAGAUGCCAAGUUCCACCCAACAGAAGUAUGCCCAUACUGCAAAGCAAAGCUGUGGAGCAUGCUACAAGCUAACAUGGUUCCACGUAGUGCUGGGGGCAGGUUAGGUGCUUAUGAUGAAUGUGUUGAAUAUUAUGUAUGCCUCAAUGGACAUAUGCUCGGGAUCUGCACACUCUUACCUCUGUCUGAUUCAGAGGGUGCAUCUGAAGUAUAGUGGUGCUAGGGAAUGCUCAGGUUUGGGCUCUUAAUCAGACAUAAUAUAUCAUUAACCAUUGUAAGCUUGAGAUUUGUUUGUUGAUGCUGUGGAUAUUUUGAUACAUGGCGCGAUGAAGCUGAAGCGAGGCCUUAUUCAAUUUCUUUAACUCUCCAUGGAGUCCUGUUCGCUGUUUUCUUACAAGAGUUUGAAGAACUUCUUACACUAAGAUGCAUCCUGUCUUACUGUGGCUAGUAUUAUGCCUGCCCAGUCAAAAAGGUUUGGAGCUAUUGCUGACCUUUUUUUUUCAUUAUAGGUUGUGUGUUUUGUGUUACUCUGAACUAUGAUGUUGUCUGUAGACUUUGUACAUCUAUGAUCCGUAUAUUUGAAAUAGCAUCAACGUCUGUAGAAUUUAUAUCACCGAUCCAUGAUUGAUUAGCAUGUUAGCUU